UAUUUAUAAUAAUUCUUAUUGUAAAUAUUGUGUGUUUAGAUUUUGCGAUCAUAAUGGCUGUAAACGUACCGAAAGCAGUUAUAUUCAACGUUGUAUGUUUGGCUUCGUUGUUGAUCAUCGUGAUUUUGUUUCAAGGUGUGGGUGAACCGUAUCAUAGAGGUUUCUUCUGUGACGAUGAAAGUAUCAGUAAACCUUUCAAGGAUUCGACCGUGUCAUCUACAAUUGCUGGCGUUGUCGGCGUACUUCUUCCUGUAUUUGCUAUCCUCCUCAUCGAAUUACCAAAGUUUCGCGAAAUGAGAAAAGACAGAUCAAAGCCUUUCUACAAAUCUCAUUGGUUUCGAUGGCUUUGUGUUGUUUACAUAUGUUUUCUCGUUGGUGCGGCAGCCACAGUGGUCCUCACUGAUGUUGGAAAGUACACGGUUGGCAGAUUGCGUCCACAUUUUCUGGCGGUUUGUAAACCUGAUUUUGCCCACCUGAAUUGUACAACAGAAUUUCACAGGAACUUUAUAACAGACGACGUAUGCACUGGAGAUACAGAUCUCAUAAAAGAAGCAAGACUUUCUUUCCCAUCUGGACAUUCGUCAUUUGCAGCGUUUUGUAUGAUGUUCUUGGUGCUGUACGUGGAUCUCCGAAUGACAUACUUUGCAAGUGUACGAUUGUUCAAGCCUGCGGUUGAGUUUGCUUUGCUUCUUUUAGCUGUUCUCUGCGGUUUGUCGCGUGUCUCAGAUUACAAGCAUCACUGGAGUGACGUUUUUGCCGGCCUACUUCUUGGAACAUUUUUCGCGUUCUUUUUUGUACUAAGAAUUUUACAGCUGCAUCGGUGCAGCACGGACGUACGCGAAUGUCAAACUAGUAAUGAUUUUGUUAUUCGUCAUUCGGGCGACGUUGAACGAAGCGGCGAGACUGCUGAUGGCAUUCAAAGUUCGUAGGAAACAAAAUUUCGUUCAACAAACACUUGGCCGCGUUGCAGAUAUCUUUUCUAAUAAAUUUGGUACAAUUUUUCUUUCAAACUUUUUAGUGCUGUGAUGAACAGCAAAAAUUCAAACGAAUCAGUCAUACAUUCAAUCACAGUGUAAACGUUCGGGGGGGGGGGAUGAAUACUAUUUAUGUUUGUAGUGAUUAUUGCACAUAGUCAAUGAUUGGAAGGUCGUUUAAUCCUCUAAUGUGAUCGAAAUAGUAAAAUAGAAUGUGAAUUAAACAAAUUAUCCUUAUUACAUAUGGAAAAUUA